UGUUGUUACCAGUUUAACAUUCUAGUGCCUUGUUAUAAUUCCAUGUUGGUCAGUCCUGUCAGUGUCAUGUCUAACUUCAGAACUUUGAAAUUGAUUUUACUUUGAAGGCGCAAACAGGAAGUGAGAGUAAUUAGCUUCGUUAGCUUGUUAGCAGUCGCCAGCAGCCUGUUGCACCGAGACAAGAAGCGCCAGCUCGUCUCAGUCCCGGUGCAGAGCAGAGAAAUGUUUGUCACUUUGAGUGUUUGACAGGUCCAUCACACUCACUCUGCUCACAACAAACAAAGUGUUUUUUUGUUUUGUUUUGUCUGUUUGUUUGUUGUCUGCGGAACUUGGAGCGAUGUCUGCAGAAUGAGAGUCGAAGAUGAGGAGCUGAGCGGCAUUUCUCCACAGUUUCUGAGCUGUCUCCUGUGAGGACUUUUAAAAAAAUUCAUCAGGAGCAGCCAGGGUGCAUGAUGGGAUCUUUCCGGCGGCCCAGGCCUCGGUUUAUGAGUUCUCCGGUUCUGUCGGACCUCGCCCGGUUCCACGCCAGCUCGCCUUCGCUACAGAUCUCCAACACCAGCGUGUGGAACAGUGUCCAGUCAGCUGUGAUCAAGGUGUUCCAGGGUGGAGCACUGCAGACCAACGAGCUGUACACACUUAACGAGAGCAUCAGGUGGCUCCUUAAAACUGAGAUGGGCUCCUUCAUCACCGACUACUUUCAGAACCAGCUGCUGACCCGAGGUCUGUCUGACAUCCUGGAUCAGGUCCUUCUUCACUCUGGUGAUGACCAGCUUGCGGUCCUCGCUGACAUGUGGGACAGGUUCUUCACAGAGAUCCUCCCGACGCUGCAGGCCAUCUUCUACCCUGUGCAGGGUCAGGAGUUGACAGUAAGGCAGAUGGCUCUGUUGGCCUUCAGAGACCUGGUGCUGUUGAAGCUCCACCUGGAGGAAACUCUGGGAACUGCAGCCUCCAUCCCUCCGCCUGUCACACAGAUGCUGCUGGUGCUGCAGGGCAUCCAUGAGUCUGGCACUCCCAGUUUGGAGUAUUACCAGCUGGAGCGUCUGGUGGAGAUCGUCGUGUCUCCGUAUCUGAACAACGUUCUGCACAACAGAAACCAGCUCCUGCUAGAGUCCCGUAACCUGCGGUCGUCAGGGUUACUGCUGUCCGACCAGCCAGAGAUCACCAUCACUCAUCAUCACAACUCCUCCGACUCGUCGUCCCUCGCUCCGCUGGUGGAGCAGGAGGGCGAGGCCUACCUGGAGAAGUCCGGCGGCGUGCGGCGCCACACGGUGGCCAACGCACACUCCGACGUCCAGCUGCUGUCGGCGUCGGGCAGGAGGCUCGCUGGGACGGGGAUGGAGAAGGACAACAUGGUGGGAGGAGCAGGAAAGGAGGGAGGUGUGGAGUUUUUGGUCGGGGGCGGGCCGAUGAAUCCCAGGACGUUCUCAAGCCAACCGGACAUGGUGGAGACUCACAGGGGAGGAAUUAUCUGUCUUCCUCACAGCUAACCGGAGUGGCUGAUGAGACCGUGGACAUGAGGGACGACACAGAGCGUGAAUCUACAGAAAACAAGGAGAUGGGGCAGGAAAUAACAGGACAAUAAAGGAAUGAAAGCAAAAGACAGAAGAGGAAAUGAGAAGACAAUAAAUGAGGAAGAAGCGAGAGGAUGGGAACAGGAAUUAACCCAUUGACGCCUGAAACGCCUGUAAAACCUCUGGGUGAUUUUAAAAUAACCCCCUAAAACCUGAAGUUUUUCUGGAAAUUCAACAGAAGUGUCAACGCUUCUACUAAAUAAUAGAUUUUUCAGCCUCUGUAGCAGAUAGAAAUUAAAUUCAAAACGACAUAUCCGCUUUUCAGGCUUCAAUGGGUUAACAGGACACUAUGGAAAUUAAAACACAUUGCAGUAUAGAAACAGCCAGAACACGACAAGAUAAUGAACUGCAGGGUAAAAGAGAAAUAAUGAGACAGGAGAGGAAAUAAAAAGACAAGAAGGGACAAGAAAAUAAUGACAGUAGGAGGAAACAAAAACCAUCCAGACAGGAUCAGAAAGAUCACGAGAAAACAAGAUGAGAGACAGGAAACCGAGUUAUAGAACAAGAAAUAGGAAGCAAUAAGACAGAAGACAGGACAGAAUAGGAAUGGACAGUAAAUGAAAGGACGGGACAGUAAAACAAAUACACAACAGGAAAAGCAGAGUAGAAGAAACAGGACGCUAUAUAAGAGGAGAGGAAGCAGGAGUCCCACAGCUCCCAGUCUGAGGGAAAGCUCUGGCUCAGGGUCUGUACUGGGAGCUGGACUACCUGAACCACUGGUGUUUCAUUCCAACAGAGCUGAUCCAGGAUCAGGCUCUGUGUCUUCAGGUCGUCCUGUGGAUGAGCCUGACUGCAGGUUCCCUUCAGGUCAUGUAAAUAUGUUUCUCUUCUAGGAUUGUUAAUGAUUAAUAAAGUUUAAUUUAAUUCAUAAACAA